AUGGCUCAGCUUACUGAAGGUGAAUGUGAUUUGGAAAAUAGGGACCCAAACAAUCUAAACGACCAUUGUAAGGUCGCGUUUGAAGAUGUCCUUGGAGAACCUGAUUAUAUACGAAGCAUUGACUGUGUAUGGAAGAACAGCUACUGGUGUUUCAACUGCGGUAAAAACUGCUGCUACAAAUUCAUGACCUGUCUUUGUGGAAUUUGCAUCGCGCUCUACUGGGGCUGUGAGUUCGCCAUUAUUGCUUUCGAUCAAAUCUGGUGCAUAACUCCGUCUCUCAGAGUCUUCUCCAUCUACUGCGGCUGCGCGCAGAAGUUCUUCGGUACCAUCAUCCAAUGCUUCUUGGCUCCAAUCUGCGAGACCUUCGCCCUAUGUUUCAGCCGUAUUUCUGUUACAAACUCUUCUUGA